GGCGCCCGGCCCUGCCGCCAGCCCUGAGCUCCUCCAGCCGCCCUGCGCAAGUCUCCGGCCACAUCGUCCGCACCAUGAAGGCGCUCCUGCUCGCUGUGCUGGCCGCGGUGCUGUGCGUGGAGAGAGCCCACACGCUCGUCUGCUUUUCCUGCUCGGAUGCCUCCUCCAACUGGGCCUGCCUGACGCCUGUCAAGUGUGGAGAGAAUGAAAACCACUGCGUGACGACGUACGUCGGAGUGGGACUCGGCGGCAAAUCUGGCCAGUCUAUCUCGAAGGGAUGCUCUCCCAUCUGCCCCAGCGCCGGGAUCAACCUGGGAAUAGCGGCCGCCUCCGUUUACUGCUGCGACUCCUUCCUCUGCAACAUCAGCGGUUCCAGCAGCGUCCGAGCCAGCUACGCCAUCCUGGCCUUGGGAAUUCUCAUCAGCUUCAUCUACGUCCUCCAGGCUCGCCAGUGAUGGGGCUGCCUGAGGAAGAGCCGCCUCCCACGGGUCUCGUUAGCCAAUAUCUUCUCUGUUGCUGUCUGCAAGGAGAUCCUCUACUUCUCAGCAGGCUUCCAAGGUGAUUGUUUCCCGGACUUUUUUUGCUCUUCCAAGCGUUGGAGACCUGGGUGGUUUGGCCGAGCUGUUCUCCUCCUCCUGUGGACGUCUCCCGCUGCACUCUCGCUCCUCCUUCGCCAAGGUGGAUGAUUUUGGAAGGGUUUCUGCUUUUUCUACCUAUUAAUAAUCCCCCACCCCCUAAUUUCUAAGGUUGGUUAAACCAGGCUGGGACUCGCUGAGAACAGAUUCACCCCAAGCACCACCAGGUCUGCUCCAGCACAUGGGUGGCACAGGCAGAGGGAAUGCAGGAUCCAAAGGGAGACACAUUCCUGGCCCCUCACAGCUGCAGUCUCUUUUUAUAAAAUAGUCUCGUUUCUUCUGAUCCUGGGCUGACUUUUCUGGAAAACCAAUGCCGUGUACCUUGUCCUUCCAAGUUCUGUAAGUGCCAGACCUGAAUAAACUUGCUCCUGUUGUUACCUGA